GUAUGGGCAUGGGAGAGACUGAAGAUGGUUCAUCCAGACAGACGACAGGCAAGAGAGGGUGCUAUUACAUUCUCGAAUGAUCUCCCUGGUCCACCACACGCUUGUAAAUGGAACGUUCAGCUUAGUUGGACACAUACGACGCAAUACGUGUUGCCAUUAUUUCGGGACCAGCUAGAUAACCUCGUUGAUGAACAUUUUGUUUGGGAGCCGUAUACUCCAGAUGUGAUGGAGAAUCUUCCCGAGUAUUGCCGAUCAGGAGAGUACUUUUGGCGUGCUGUGGUGCCGCUCCUAUGUUGGGACGUGUUGGAGAUGCAUCAGCCCAACAGGGUCCUCAGACAAUUCGGAAUGCGUCAAUUCAUACCUGUUUCCUGCAAUUUUGCAGACAAUCACGACAUGCAUGAUCGUCGUGGCCGACAAAACACAGAUUGGGCUAGAGAACAUGCGAGGCUCAUACUUGUCUGGAAUGAUCGUGCUAACCAAGUUUGUGAAGCCCGGCUAGCAGAUGGACCCAUUGCGUAUGAUGAUGAUUACCUUGUCUGGUAUCGUCGGAUUACUCGACAGAUUAUCGGAAAUCCCAGUUUCCAAUUUCCAAAAGGGUAUGCAUCCCUUGCACCAGUGGCCGAGGUUAUGGCGCGUCAGUUGCAUAUGAUAUAUCAAUAUGGGAUUGAAUUGCGACAACAACCAUCAAUGGAGGUUGCUGGAAGGAAAGUCAUGGAGAUGUGCAGUGAUGGUUUGUCAGCAGCGAUCGAGGCUCAGAGGCUUCGUGUUCAGCCAAUGUAUGUUCCAGUUGAGCAGCCUUUAGUUGAUCAUGCUGUUAAUCCACAUAAACGUGGAAGGGCAGGGAGACGCAAAAAGAGACGUGCGAUAGCAGCAACUAAUGUUGAAGAAAGGUCUGAAAUGUCUAAUACAAAUUCGGAUUUGGAGCGCGAUAGUGGUGCAGGUGGUUCUGUUAAGGGUGAUGGAAAUUUAAAUGUUGAAGCUGAGCUUGGUAUGGAUUCAUCACAGUUUGCAGAGCCCCGUUUUGAUAUGGCAUGUAGUUCAACACAAUUUAGAGAUGGGAAUGGGGAUGGUUCUGAAUUGCAUAAUGUUGACAUUCAACUUGUACUUUAUCAGACCCCACCCUCUCAGCAGUUUGAUAUGAAUAAUUUCGGAGACGGGUUUGAUGAUGACGACGUACACCACUCCCCUGCCCGUCCUGAUCGACAGGUUAACUAUGAUAAUACCCCUAGCCAGAUGACUUUAGAGGCCUCUUAUGUUACAACUAUUGGUUCUGUGGAUGAUAAGCCUAUGGAGCAAGCAAUUCCAAGCCGAGGAAGAGGGCGAGCGAGAUUUUACAAACGUCGUGUUAAUAACAAUGUAGAUGCACCGCGGCGACAAAAUCCUGCACACCCUAUAGCGCCACUACGUUGCUAUAAACCCUAAAGAACCCUAGCAACUAGUAUACACAAAGUCAAACUUCGGGAUGAAGUUAUGUGCAUGAAAGGAAGUGACUUCCUAGAGGGGAUAUCUACUACCUGUACCCUUCGUUUAUAAGGAAGACUUGCACAUUUAUUCUACCCAUGGAUUUCCCAAGUUAGCAUGAAUAAAGCUUGCACGUUUGUUUUAUUUCAUGUUGUGUUGAGUGGCUUUAAAGUUAAUAGGCGAUACCACUUUAUGGCUUAAAUAGUGAAACAGAUUGCUUUACAUGGCCCUCUAAAAGAAGUUUUCUCAGAUCUAUUCAGUUUGUGCAGGAUACCAGAUGCUUUUAUUGAAGAUUGGAGCUUACAAGGCUGGAAUAUACCUUUUAGGCGACUGGCGAGUGCUGAAUGAUCGGGAGGUGGAUAGAAUUACUGAGUUCUUCAAGAUGCUGGACAUGUUCAAAGGCACAACUGACACUGGAGAUUCCAUGGGGAAGGUAAUGGCAGAAAAUGUUUAACAGUUAAAUCAACAUAUAAUGCAUUAACUGCUACUGGAUAACAAGACACAAGAUGGCCUUGGAAGAAUAGUUGGAGAGCCAGGACUGCUGUUAAAGUGAGAUGUUUCUCUUGGUUGGCAGUAAGGAGAGCAUGUCUUACUCAUGAAAACCUGCAAAGAAGGGGAAUACUGUUAAGUUCAAGAUGCUUUUUAUGUUAGGAGUGUGCUGAAAAUGAGAGUCAUUUGUCUUACGUUGCAAAGUGACUGGUCAUGCCAGAGUCCGCUAUUUAUAUGCUGAAGUGCUGGAACAAAGUGGGAGGCAGUGUAAGGAGUAAGAGGUGGUGGAAAUCUAUCCUAGUUUGUAUAUGGUGGACUGUAUGGAGUGAGAAAUACAAGAUGCUUUGAAGAUAGUAGUAGCUCUACACAGAGACUUGAGAUGAACUGUGUAAUAGCCUUAUAUUUCUGGUGUAAAGAAAACUUUGUAGAAGAUGCUGAAUCUUUACUAGACUUUUUGGAAUCUCUGUACUUAGUCCUAGUAAGUAGUCCUUGUAAGAUGAACAAGCUUUUGUUUAGAGAUUUUGUAAAUAUGGUUGCUGAUGAAUAUACUGUUACCUAUUUAAACAAAUAGUGAAACAGACUGACUUCAAGUUUA